CUAUUUCAACAUCAGGUGGCAAAUGGCAUGUGUUACCUCGAGAGGCAACAGCUUAUCCACCGGGACUUGGCGGCUCGAAACGUCCUUAUCAACGAAGCUCUAAUCUGCAAGAUUGCUGACUUCGGUCUAUCGAGAAUUCUAAGCGGGGACGAGUACAGUGCAUCUAGCCAAAUGAAAAUCGCUCUCAAAUGGACUGCUCCGGAGGCCUUCUUGAAAUAUUGCUUCAGUAUCAAGUCCGACGUCUGGUCUUAUGGCAUCCUGUGCUAUGAGAUAUUCACUGGCGGCGAGGUCCCGUAUUCAAGUUAUACCAACGACGAGAUUAUAUUCCUCAUAAGAGAUGGCCACCGCUUGGGUAAACCUUCCAACUGCCCUGACCUAAUUUACGAAACGAUGUUGUGCUGCUGGAAUGAUAACCCGCAGCAGAGGCCAACGUUCGAGUUUCUCCUCCAACAGAUGCAAAAUUUCAUUGUGUACCAAGAGAUGCCCUAUUAUGCCCCACAGCCAGAAUAAUAGUGUAGUAACAGGAAAUGGUCAGGGAAUGUCAUGACAGCUUUAGUUCCCACAGAUCUUGCUCAGGGUGUUUACCCAAUAAGGCUUCAGUGGGAGGGUCGUGGGUGUUAAAGAAUAACAAAAACUACCAUUCCUCCCGCUGGGGUAACUAGAUCUCGCGCCAACCAAAAGUAGAGGUAAUGAUCGAUGAGACAAUUUAUGAUUACUAUCAACUUCUUUCAUUUCAUAGUUUUUGAUAUUGUCUUUCAGUGGCUGUUGGGUGGUACAGUCCAAUGGUCGACACCUGACUCCUUAAUAACAACCAUCCAUUUUAUUUGACUGAUCUAUUUGAUAAAGAAACGUUUGAAGUAGUGUGAAGAACAGUGAUGUAUAAACACCUAGAAGUGUCCACUAUUACAAGAAAAAAAAAUCAAAGUAAUCUUGUGCAAAUAUAAUGAGAAAAAGAAAAUAAUUACUUUAAUAAGAAAAGUGAGAUUAAACAUUUCAUGAUAAACUGUUUAACGCUUAUCCAGAGCUGAAAUGACAUAGAGUGCAUUUAUCUGAUAUGGGUUGUGUUAUGUAUAAAUUUUCUUUCCAUGUAUGAGUAAAAACAUACAUACAUCACAAUAAAUUAUUUUGUGUGUAAUUAACAGACACCGCAAAAUGUUGCAUGUAAUAUCGUUGGUUGUCGUUGACUACUGCAUGCGCUGCAAGUGACUCACUGGUUGGGGUAACUAUAUUACGGCAUUUUAAUUUCUCACAACAACAAAUUAUUUGCUAUCCUAAGAAGUGCUACAGUGGUUGAUUUACUCAGUAAUACUAGCAACAGCAGAAGCAUGUCACACUCAAAAGGUUAUUUCGUAUUUAUAUUCAUGCUUACGUUCAAUAACUUAACUUUCACAAUGCUUGGUCUUUUAAGAAACAAAAUAUACAGACCUAGGCUUAUUUCCAGUAUGUAGACACUAGAAAGCCUCUUUCUGGGGGUCGAAUGGACAGCGUUUUAUGGAUUGCAUUUCAGCCCCUUUGAUAUGCCGGCUUCUAUGAUGCUUGAUUACUACUGUAAAAGCCCACUGCAAACCUUGAAUCUGAAUUUGAAAAUUAAACUGAAGGAAUUUCUCGUGAACCGCUACCUCCACAAUAGGAUUCAAACCUGGGUUUGCUGUGUUAAACAUGCUUUUUCCUGACCCAAGUUCAAUUCUUGGCAUGACUGGAGAAAUUUUUCCUUUUCAUUCCCAAAAUUUUAGUGUUUUAGUAAGAAGAAAAAAAAAUAAUCCAAAAGUAUCAGAAAAUCGAAAAGCUAAAAGUUUAUUGUAUGC